CCUGACCCGGAAGUGUUUGUCCUUUCGGUAGCGGGGAAGCGGGCUGCAGAUCGCUGGGGCGUUCCGGCAGAGGCGCUGUACAGUCAGUAUGCAGCGGUUGCUCCUUCCGCCCCUGAAGGCCUUGAUGGGGAGCCGCAAUGUCGGGCUCCUGGGCCCUAGGGUGGCGUCCAGAACACAGUGUGGCGGCAGCUAUGGCAGCCGGUGUCCUCUGAGGCCAGGGCAGUACAGCACCAUCACUGAAGUGGCUUUGCAAGCUGGAAAAGGGACAGUGUCCCUUCCUUCGAGGGCAGCCGAGCGGGCAGUGGGCCGAUGGCUCCUGGUGUGCAGUGGAACCGUGGCUGGAGCGGUUAUUCUGGGAGGAGUGACCAGGUUGACGGAGUCUGGCCUCUCAAUGGUAGACUGGCAUUUAAUAAAGGAGAUGAAGCCACCCACAAGCCAGGAAGAAUGGGAAGCGGAGUUCCAAAAGUACCAGCAGUUUCCAGAAUUUAAAAUCCUGAAUCAUGACAUGACGCUGGCGGAGUUCAAGUUUAUCUGGUACAUGGAAUACUCACACCGGAUGUGGGGUCGAGCUGUGGGCCUUGCAUACAUCCUGCCUGCUGCCUACUUUUGGAGAAAGGGUUGGCUCAACCGCGGCAUGAAAGGACGUGUUCUCGCCCUCUGUGGCUUAGUCUGUUUCCAGGGUCUGUUGGGUUGGUAUAUGGUGAAAAGUGGAUUAGAAGAGAAGCCAGAGUCCUAUGACAUCCCUCGGGUCAGUCAGUACCGCCUCGCAGCGCACCUGGGAUCAGCACUGGUUCUCUACUGUGCCAGCCUGUGGACCUCCCUGUCACUACUACUGCCUCAGCACAAGUUACCAGAAACCCGACAGCUCCUGUGGCUGAGACGCUUUGCCGGUGGAACAGCGGGCCUGGUGUUCCUCACGGCCCUCUCAGGGGCUUUUGUGGCAGGCCUGGACGCGGGGCUCGUUUACAACUCCUUCCCCAAAAUGGGGGACUCUUGGAUCCCAGAGGACCUCCUGACUUUCUCUCCUGCCCUAAAGAACGUUUUCGAGAAUCCUACCAUGGUUCAGUUUGAUCACCGGCUUCUGGGAAUCGCGUCCGUCACCGCCAUCACAAUGCUCUAUUUCCUGUCCCGGAGAAUCCCCCUUCCUCGAAGAACCAAGUUGGCAGCAGCGACUCUGCUAGCUUUGGCAUAUGCACAGGUAGCCUUGGGCAUUAGCACCCUGCUUAUGUAUGUCCCGACUCCUCUGGCGGCCACACACCAGUCAGGCUCCUUGGCUCUGCUCAGUGGUGCCCUUUGGCUCAUGAAUGAACUCCGAAGAGUCCCAAAAUAAUUCUCAGAGGAUUAUCUCCUGGGACUGGAACUGCCUUGGGAAUGCAUCACCAAACAUAAGAACUUGGCCUUUUCUAAGACGGUUUCCAAAUUGGUCAAGUCAUUCCAGACUGUUUUGAGAUGGGCACUGGAUGGAGACUAUUACUAAGGUGUGCUUAUUCCAGAGGUUUCCUUUAACACUCUGUUGCAUGUGUGUUAACUAUAAACAAGCAUCUGCUGUGUGCUGCUUCGUAAGAGGCGGGCUGACUUCUUAGAUCGUGGUUUCUAUGUGCUGCAGACUCCUGUCCUCUAAUCAGGCUGCUGCUGACAGCAACAGACUCAAGGUCACGUGCCCCACUGGAGUUACUCGACCAAUUAGCUGUGACUGAAUGUUGGUUUAUUACCAAGGUCUAGGGUUGUCGUAUUUUCUGGUUUUUAUAAGCAGCUAGCUAGCUAGAUUUUUGAAGUAAAUAUUUUCUUUUAUGUA